UCUCUCUCUCUCUCUCUCUCUCUCUCUCUAUGUAGUUUGCUUCCUGUUGGUCUUAUCGCUUUGAGCUUCUUCGAAUCCACAGUAAUGGACAUGGAUAUGGCUUCUCUCUACUCAUUAUUCAAUGAGUUUAGAGCUUCUGCUAAUUCCUUCUUAUCGGAAUACGAACCUCUUGUUCUGCUUAUUGUUCCUCUCUUUACUCUCAUUCUUGCACGGAUUCUCCGCUCGUUUCUUCGCGUCCUUUAUGAAAAUGGUCUCAGAGCCACCAUUAUUGGGUUUCUCAUGACCUGCAUCAAGAUGGUGCCUUGGGUGAAGAGUUACAUCGAUGCGGAGAAGCAGAAGGUUGUUGAUAAGAUGCAGUCUGGUGGUAAAUCUAAACGAGAAAGCUGGAGGUCUGAGUUGCCAAGAGAAGGCUUAGGAGCUGGGGUCUUAGAAAAAAUGAAGGAAGAGAAAAGGAAUGACAUUGCUUGGCGAGGAAAAUGCUCUGGUACAGUCUACAUUGGAGGAACUGAAUCUGAAGGACAUUUUUCUUUGAUAAAUGAGGCAUGUUCAAUGUUUUCACAUACCAAUCCAUUGCAUUUCGAUAUAUUCCAGAGUGUUGCACGAUUUGAAGCAGAAGUUGUUGCGAUGACUGCUUCACUACUUGGCAGUAAAGAAAAAGCUUCUGGAGGAGAAGUAUGUGGAAACAUGACAUCAGGAGGAACUGAAAGUAUAUUAUUGGCUGUCAAAUCAUCUCGUGACUAUAUGAAGGGAAAGAAGGGAAUUACAAGACCUGAAAUGAUCAUACCUGAAUCUGCACACUCAGCAUAUGACAAGGCAGCACAAUACUUCAACAUAAAGUUGUGGCGUGUUCCAGUGAAUGAGGAAUUUCAAGCAAAUGUCAAAGCAAUAAGACGACAUAUUAACAAAAAUACCAUUUUGAUUGUUGGAUCUGCACCGGGGUUUCCUCAUGGCAUCAUUGAUCCUGUUGAGGAGCUUGGAGAAUUGGCUUUACAGUAUGGAAUAUGUCUCCAUGUUGACCUCUGUCUUGGUGGUUUUGUGUUACCUUUCGCUCGUCAACUUGGAUAUCCAAUAUCACCUUUUGAUUUUUCCGUUAAGGGAGUAACCUCAAUAUCAGUGGAUGUGCAUAAAUAUGGGCUGGCUCCUAAAGGAACAAGUGUAAUUCUAUACAGAAAUCAUGAUAUUAGGAAGCAUCAAUUUGUUGCUGUCACCGAGUGGUCAGGUGGGCUAUAUGUGUCUCCUACCAUUGCUGGUAGCAGGCCUGGGGGUUUAAUAGCUGGUGCUUGGGCUGCAAUGAUGUCACUAGGACAAGAAGGGUUCUUGGAGAACACUAAGGCAAUAAUGAAAGCAUCCAAAAAAAUUCAGAAAGGCAUAAAGGAGAUACCUGAGUUAUUUAUCAUUGGGAAGCCAGAUAUGACAAUCGUGGCAUUUGGAUCAAAUGUUCUAGACAUAUUUGAAGUCAAUGAUAUAAUGUCAUCAAAAGGCUGGCACUUAAAUGCGUUGCAGAGACCCAACAGCCUGCACAUAUGUGUUACUCUUCAACAUGUAUCGGUUUGUGAGGACUUUCUUCAGGAUUUGAGAGAAUCUGUGCAAACUGUGAAAGAAAAUCCAGGUCCUAUAAGUGGAGGCCUAGCUCCAAUUUAUGGUGCAGCAGGGAGGAUUCCAGAUAGAGUAAUGGUCAAGGAGUUGUUGGUAAAUUACAUGGACAGUACAUGCUAGAGGAAUUCCCUCUCCUAUGGCUUCAAUUGUUACCUAUAUUGCUUUCCGUUCUUUUGAUUUGUUGUAUCAGGCAUUCAAAACAUUUUGACUAUGAAUGAAAUAAACCUAGACUUGUUUAUAUUUUCAA